GCCACCGCACUCCGACGCCUCAGCCGCACCAUGAGCGGCGUCACCACCUCCCCCCCAUUCCAGUAUGCGCCGCAGCACGCGUUCGACGACCGCACCAUGAAGGUCUCGGACAUCCACACUAUCCACUACUGGCAGGCGGGCAAUCCGAAGGGCAAGCCGGUCAUCUUUCUCCACGGCGGGCCCGGCGGCGGCACGUCCUCGUCAGACACGAUCUACUUCAACCCCGAGGUGUACCGUGUCGUGCUUAUGGACCAGCGCGGCGCCGGCAGGUCCGAGCCCACCGCCGAACUGCGCGAGAACACGACGUGGGAUCUUGUCGCCGACAUCGAGCGUGUCCGCAAGGAGCUCGGCAUCGAGAAGUGGCUCGUCUUCGGCGGCUCCUGGGGCUCGACGCUCUCGCUCGCGUACGCCCAGACGCACCCGGACCGCUGUGUGGCGCUGAUCCUGCGCGGCAUCUUCCUCCUGCGCCGCUCCGAGCUGGAGUGGUUCUACCAGGACGGCGCGAGCCACAUCUGGCCCGAGGCGUGGGAGCCCUACCUCACGCAGAUCCCCGAGGACGAGCGCCACGACAUCAUCUCGGCGUACUACAAGCAGAUGACGGAUCCGGACGAGAAGAAGUCGCUUGCUGCCGCCAAGGCGUGGGCCACGUGGGAGGAGAGCACGAGCAAGCUGUUCCAGGACCCGGCGAUGGUUGCGCUGGCCGACAACAACGCCAAGUGGGCGCGUGCAUUCGCCACCAUUGAGUGCCACUACUUUGUCAACGCGGGCUUCUUCCCCGAGGGCCACCUGAUCAAGAAGGAGCAGCUGGACAAGAUCCGCCACCUCCCUUGUGUUGUUGUCCAGGGCCGUUACGACUGUGUCUGCCCGGCGCGGUCGGCAUAUGACCUGAAGCGGGCAUGGGGCGAGGGCUGCGACCUGAAGAUUGUUGAUGACGCUGGUCACUCUGCGCACGAGCCUGGUAUCACCAAGCUGCUCGUGGAGGCUGCGGACAAGUUUGGGCGCCAGCUCAAGUGGUAAGGGGGAUGGGCAACUGUUGCGUCAGUCAUAGUGGCGCGUGGCUUGUGACGCAAGGCCCGUGGGGUCUUGGGUCACUUGGGGCGUGUUUCAAAGGACACGGGGACGGUCUGAUGGUCCAACUACCAGGCAGCUAGGCAGGUAGCCAGCAACGGUUCAUGCAAUCCAUAUCGGUUGGGGGGUGAAGUUGAAGAUGAAAUGAUCACGUGUCGAG